CUCUUUCUCCUUGCGUCUUGGUGAGCUGUGGUAGGCUGGAACUCUGUUUUUUAUCUGAAAGUCAAGGUAAUCUUUGCAAGAAUUGCUGUGAAAUUCCUAACAGUGGGGGUGAAAAAGAAAGUAAGAGGAAGCUAAUCCCUAAGCAGUUAAGAAAAACCACAAGAGAGCACAAAGGAAGAAAGAAGAAGAAGUAAAUCUGAAAAACUGUGAGUUUUCUUCAAAGUUUUAAUUAGCAUGGUGAAAACCCAAUUGGGAUAACCCUGGCAGUGUGUGAUUGGGGAACAAAGCAGUUGUAUCUUUGUAGGUGCAAUUUGCAUUCCUUUAAAAUAGUGAUGGAAGGUGGAAAGAUGUUCUGCAUCAUGGAAGUAGCAUGGAGAUUUUCCUGAUCGCCAAAAAGCCAAAAAGCACUAUGUUCUUCAGAUACUUACAGUGUGAUGGUUGUGAAGAACCAUUAAGUUGGCCCUAUCUAAAAAUCACAGACCUCUUAAUGCAUUGAAUGAGGUAUCGUUGAAGGAAGGAAAUUCUUCAGUGGAAAAGAAGAAACCAUUGACUGGAAGAGUCCAUUGGGGAAUAUUCAUCAGGAAAUCAACAAGUUAACAAUAUGCAGUGUGAAAUGACACUAGCCAAGGGAUUUCUCCAGGCCAGAAACCUACUACUGGUUGUUUUAAUUCCACUUUUGCUGCUUCCAUUGCCGCUCUUAUACCCAACAAGUGAAGCCUCGUGUGCCUAUGUGUUGAUCGUCACGGCGAUAUAUUGGGUAUCCGAAGCAGUGCCCCUUGGAGCGGCAGCCCUUGUUCCUGCUUUCCUCUAUCCACUCUUUGGUGUGAUGAAGUCCAGUGAGGUCUCGGUGACAAACAUGGUCAAGGCUCCCUGGAGCUCAUUUUCAUCAACGAGGAUGCUACAACUGCUGAUUUCAGCUCUCUGAUGCACUCCAAGAAUAUGAAUGGGGUACACAUGAUAGCCAACACGAUUGGCUCAAUGAAUUCCAGAACCAAUGGGCAACAUCUACCCCAGGCUCAAAUACUUGUUCUGCCAUCCCAAUCUCAAAAUUUGGACCAAGAUAGCAAACAGCAAUAUCCAUCCAAGCAUGAUCAUAUGGUCUGCAAAUGCCUCUCCCUGAGCAUUUCCUACGCAGCAACUAUCGGUGGACUCACAACCAUCAUCGGCACUUCCACCAACCUCAUCUUCCUAGAAUAUUUCAACAACCAUUACCCAAAUUCAGAUGUGGUGAAUUUUGGAACCUGGUUCUUAUUCAGUUUACCUAUCUCGCUCAUUAUGCUGGUGUUAACCUGGUUCUGGAUGCAUUGGCUUUUCCUUGGUUGCAAGUGCAGCUACAGCACUUUUUGUCCUCCUUUGGAAGCCGUCUCUUGUGAUGUUUGCAAGCCAAUCAAGAGUGUGGCUUUGAAAACCAUGCUGUGCGGGAGCGAGUAUCUCUCCCCGAAUAUGGAGGAUGUAGUGGGCAACUUGUAUGAAUCUAGAAAAUCAGUCAGCCAUAUCCAGUGGGUCUAA